AUGUAUCUUUUGUCUCUUGCUCUUUUCCUGCAUUUUUUUAAGUACCGUGACAAGAUUGAUAGCGAGAAAUCGAAGAUAAUUGCUAACCGAAUAGUGAGAGAUCAUGGAGCCGAUGAAUGGGAACGCUCCGAUUUCCUAAUCACCUGCGAAUCUUGCUUCGGUGACAAUCCGUACGUGCGAAUGACCCGAGCGAAUUAUGAUAAGGAAUGCAAGAUAUGUACACGCCCUUUCACGGUUUUUAGGUGGCAGCCUGGCCGGAAUGCUAGAUUCAAAAAGACUGAAAUCUGUCAGACUUGCUGCAAACUGAAACAUGUAUGCCAAGUCUGUCUUCUGGAUCUUGAUUAUAGUCUUCCAGUUCUGGUCAGAGACACCGCACUCAACAUCAGUACUCAUGACUCUAUCCCUAAGAGCGAUGUCAACAGAGAGUACUUUGCUGAGGAUCAUGACCAAAAGACUAGAGCUGGGAUGGAUUAUGAAUCUUCUUCAUUCGGCAAGAUGCCACCUAAUGAUACUAUUUCAAAGCUCCAAAGAACAACACCAUUCUAUAAAAAGAACCGACCACAUGUUUGUAGUUUCUACACCAUUGGUGAGUGUAACAGAGGUGCCGGAUGUGCAUUCCGGCAUGAGAUGCCCAAAACAGGAGAGCUAUCCCAUCAAAACAUCAAAGAUCGUUAUUAUGGUGUUAAUGAUCCAGUCGCGAUGAAGUUACUUGGAAAAGCUGGUGAGAUGAGCACUUUGAAACCACCAGAGGAUGAAAGCAUCAAAACGCUUUACAACGGUGGACUUAACUCGAGUAUCCUCGAGCAGGACAUACAUAACCAAUUCUAUGCUUAUGGAGAAAUUGAAUCUAUCAGAGUCUUGGCCGAGAAAGGAUAUGCGUUUGUCACAUACACAACCCGAGAAGGAGCAGAGAAGGCCAUUCAAGAGCUCUCCAACAGGCUAGUUGUUAACGGUCAGAGGCUAAAACUCACAUGGGGAAGACCUAAGAUGCCCAAACCUGAUCAAAGUGGUUCAUACCAACAGCAACAGGGCACUGUAGCCGUUAUAUCUCAGCAGCAGAAUCAACCACCCCCACCAAUGCAACAGUACUAUAUGCACACGCCAACACCUAACCAAUACAGACCUUAUUACCCAUCAAUGGACCCGCAGAGAAUGGGUGCAGCCACUCCAACCCAAGAGGAUCGUGGUUCAAGCAACAGUGAGAUCAACAACGGAGAUUCUUCUUCUUCUUACCUUACCAUUUGUCACUGUCCAAGUGACAUGAAACUUAGUAUUUAA